AUGGGGAACCAGGGUGGAAAUAGGAAGGUCGUUGAUUAUUCACAGUUUCAGGAAUCUGAUGAUGCUGAUGAAGAUUAUGGAAGAGAUUCGGGUCCUCCAGCUAAGAAAAUUCGAUCAUCUCCACGAGAAGCUAAAAAUAAAAGGCGAUCUGGAAAGAAUUCACAGGAAGAUAGUGAAGACUCAGAAGAAAAAGAUGUGAAGACCAAGAAGGAUGAUUCUCACUCAGCAGAGGACAGUGAGGAUGAAAAGGAAGAUCAUAAAAAUGUGCGCCAGCAACGGCAGGCAGCCUCUAAAGCAGCUUCUAAACAGAGAGAGAUGCUCUUGGAAGAUGUGGGCAGUGAAGAAGAACAGGAAGAAGAGGACGAGGCACAGUUCCAGGAGAAAGAUUCCGGCAGCGAUGAAGAUUUUCUAAUGGAAGAUGAUGAUGAUAGUGACUAUGGCAGUUCAAAAAAGAAAAACAAAAAGAUGGUUAAGAAGUCCAAACCUGAGAGAAAAGAAAAGAAAAUGCCCAAACCCAGGCUAAAGGCUACAGUGACGCCAAGUCCUGUGAAAGGCAAAGGGAAAGUGGGUCGCCCCACAGCUUCAAAGGUAUCAAAGGAAAAGACUCCUUCUCCCAAAGAAGAAGAUGAGGAGCCGGAAAGCCCUCCAGAGAAGAAAGCCGCGGCCAGCCCCCCGCCCGAGAAGUCUGGGGAUGAAGGGUCCGAAGAUGAAGCCCAAUCUGGGGAGGAUUAAAAGUGAUGAUGGUUUGGGAGAGAUUUUAUUUAAAAAAAGAAAAGAAAAAAAAAAGGAAAAAGGGGGGCAAAAAAGAAAACUACAUAAAAUAGAACAUGGUUUUGGCUAUGGCUUUGACUCACGGGCUUUCAGUGCUUCUUUCCCUUUUGUUGAAAAGAACUUCCUCUUUUUUUAAUUUUUUUUUUUAAAGAAUAUCUUUGUAUGUUUAAUUUACCUUUUUGUCUAUUGGUCUUUUCUUUUCUACCACCCUCUUCUCUCUCCCUUUUUCAAUGAAAGCCAUGUCAAAUUAA